AUGUCAGACUCGAACGGAAUCCAGGCCCCCAGUCCAGGUGGCCAUACCAGUCAAGCCCCUGCCGAGAUUGUAACCCAAAACGCAACACCUGAGCUGCAAACCCAAUUCCCAUUGUCCCAACGUCAGCAGGUAGUGGGUCUGUUGAAAAUCAUAACGACAAAGGUAAAAGAGGACAAGCUAAAGGUCAAAGAGGGCAAACUAAAGGCGAAAGAAGAUCAACUAAAGGCGAGAGAGAAAGAAAGUAUACUGAAGGCGAAAGAGGAUAAACUAAAGACGAAAGAAGAUAAGUCGAAGGUGAAAGAGAGCAGACUAAAGGUACAAGGAUAG